UAGACGGAGUUCAGAAGCUCAAAGUGAAUAAUGUUAGAGUUGGGGCACAGAAGUAAAUUUGCUCUGUGCGCUAGUGGCAUCUUUAUCUGUUAUUUCUAUUAUGGAAUCUUACAGGAAAGGAUUACAAGAGGACAGUACGAUGACGAAAGAUUUACGUACAGUAUGGCUCUUGUGUUCAGUCAAUGUUUAGUAAACUACUUGUACGCUGUAGUUAUGUCCAAAACUGUUCUCAACCAGGGAGAGGAUAGAACACAGACCUCCUACUACACCAUGUGCUCCCUCUCCUACCUCAUCGCCAUGGUCUCCAGCAACAAGGCUCUCAUGUGGGUCAACUACCCAACACAGGUUAUUGGUAAAUCCUGCAAACCUAUUCCUGUCAUGAUCCUUGGUGUAAUACUAGGACGGAAAUCGUAUCCUCCUCUCAAGUACUUCUUCGUCUUCCUUAUUGUGGCCGGGGUCGCCUUGUUCAUGUACAAGGACAAGGCGGGGAGCAGCAGUGAGGAGAUGGGACUGGGUAUUGGAGAAAUGAUGCUAAUUCUUUCUCUGGCUUGUGACGGUAUUACAGGGGCUAUUCAGGAAAGAAUGAAGAGUGAAUACCAGACAAAGUCCGGGCACAUGAUGAAGGCAAUGAACCUCUGGUCGAUGUUGUUCCUUGGAGUUGCUCUAGGAAUAACUGGAGAAGGUUUUGAGUUCAUUGGAUUCGUAAGCCGACAUCCUGCAGUUCUUUGGCAGAUAUUGACAUUUUGUGUUGCCAGCGCUUUUGGUCAGUUCUUCAUCUUCAUGUGUGUCAGUGAUUUUGGACCUCUGCCGUGCUCAAUAGUUACAACAACCAGAAAGUUCUUCACUGUCCUCGCCUCCGUUCUCUUUUUCGGGAAUAGUUUGAUUACGCGGCAAUGGAUCGGAGUUGGACUCGUCUUUGCUGGACUAUUCAUGGACGGAGCUUAUGGCAAACGUAAAGAAGGUCACAAAGUACAAAGCGGAGUCAAGGAAUCCGUGUGAUCACUAGAUGUGAGCAAACCAACAAUGUGAUAUCUACCGCACUAUCUUUCCAUCAUUAAAUAGCAUUUUUUAGAUCUUUCUUAUUUUACACAUUGAUAUAUCAGCUUUUGUUACA